CAUUUUCAACUCUUCCUUGCCUUGGGUGCCUAUGGGAAUGAAAAAGAGAUGCUGUCAAUUACCGUUGUUCAUUCUCUUGUGUGCACUUGUGCUUCUUCCAGCCUUGAAACUUGGCUUCUGCUACGAGAGUUCCAAGGCAGUGGCGGGUUGCAUAGAAGCUGAGAAGAAAGCACUUCUCAAAUUCAAAGGUGGUCUCACAGACCCCUCAGGCCGGCUCUCUUCAUGGGUUGGAGAAGAUUGUUGUGCAUGGAGGGGCGUGAUUUGCAACAACAAAACAAGGAGCGUUGUGAAGCUAAAACUCCAAAAUCCAUUUUUAAGUAGCAUUGGUACUGAGGUUUAUGAAUUGGGAGGGGAAAUCAGUCUAUCUUUGCUUGACUUGAAGUAUUUGAGGUACUUAGACCUCAGCAAGAAUAACUUUGAAGGCAGACAAAUUCCAAAUUUCUUUGGAUCUCUCAUAAAGUUGAGGUAUCUCAAUCUCUCUUACGCGUCCUUUGGUGGGGAAAUUCCGCCAAGUUUGGGAAACCUUUCUACCUUGCUUUAUCUAGAUAUCAGCUAUAACUUUGCAACAUUAGAGGCCAAGGAUUUGAAUUGGGUAUCAAGUCUUUCCUCUCUGAGGUACCUAAAUUUGGGAGGUGCGAACCUGGGCAAGGCCUCAUCUCAUUGGCUUCAAAGGGUUAAUUUGCUUCCUUCUCUUGUAGAACUGCACUUGCCUCAAUGUCAGCUUGACAACCCCCCGCCAUCUCUUCCAUCCAUAAACCUCACAUAUCUCUCAGUACUUGAACUUUCCCACAAUAUCUUCAACUCCACAAUUCCCCAUUGGUUAUUUAAUCUUAGUUCCCUAUCGCAACUUGACCUAAGCUUUAACCAUCUCCAAGGUAGGCUUCCAGAAACAUUUGAAGAACUUAUUUCCCUCCAAAAUCUUGAUCUAACUCGAAAUACUUUAUUGGGAGGCCAGUUGCCGCCAAGUUUAGGAAAGCUCUGCAAUUUGCAGACAUUGAAGCUUUCCACGAACAAUUUCAGUGGUGAGGUAACUGAACUCAUCAACGCGUUCUCAGCAUGCAAUAAUAGCAGGUUAGAGACAUUGGACUUGGAAUACAACACUCUGACAGGAAGGCUCCCUAGUUCAUUGGGAUACCUAAAGAAGUUGAGGGAGCUUCAACUACGGGAGAACAAGUUCAGAGGUUCGAUUCCCGACUCCAUAGGGAACUUAUCUUCCUUGGAGUACUUGUACCUCUCAAACAAUAAUAUGAAUGGUAGCUUCCCAAGCAACCUUGGGCAACUCUCAUCGAUGAUAGUGCUAGACCUCUCUGAGAAUCCAUGGCAAGGUGUUAUAACUGAGACCCAUUUUGCAAAUCUCUCAAGCUUAAAGGAGUUGCAAAUGACAAAACAUUCGCCAGAUAUUUCAGUGAUUUUCAAAAUUGAUCCUCGUUGGCUUCCUCCUUUCAAACUUAGAUGCAUCAACAUCGAAGCAUGCCAAUUGGGUCCCAAAUUUCCCACAUGGCUUGAAAAUCAAAAUGAGCUGAGAACUGUGGUACUGCGCUAUGCUGGAAUUUCAGGGUCCCUACCUUAUUGGCUCCUGAAAUUGGAUUUGCUUCUUGAUAAACUAGAUGUCUCUCACAAUAACUUAAGUGGGCAAGUUCAUAACUUAUUGCGUUUCAACAAUCGAUCCACGGUUGAUCUACGGUCAAACCGCUUUGAGGGCCCUCUACCACUCUGGUCUUCCAAUGUUAGUGAACUUUUUCUGGGGAAUAACUCAUUCUCUGGACUAAUUCCUCCAGAAAUUGGAGAAGAAAUGCCAUUAUUGGACCACUUGGACAUCUCUCUCAACUAUCUAAAUGGUAGCAUCCCCUUAUCCCUAGGCAAUUUAAAAUAUCUCUACUUCCUGGACAUCUCGAAGAACAAUUUUUCUGGUAAGAUCCCAAGCUCAAUCGGCUCUCUAAGUUCCGUCAAAUUUUUGUUUCUGGGUGGGAACAAGCUUUCUGGUCAAGUUCCUUCCAGCUUGCAAAACUGCACAAGAAUGGAUAUUCUUGACAUUGGUGACAAUCGACUCUCUGGAAAUCUUCCAUCUUGGAUCGGAGAAGCCCUGUCGACUUUAUUCAUUUUCCGCGCGAGGAACAAUUCCUUUACAGGAUACAUUCCUUGGCAAUUAUGUCGCCUCUCUAAUCUUCACAUAUUGGAUCUUUCAAACAACAAGCUCACAGGGAUAAUCCCAACUUGUUUAGGGAAUUUGAGUGGCUUGAAAACCAUUACUAGGGUUGAGCAAUCUGAAGGGAGCUUGCAGAUGAACACUAAGGGUAGAAUAAUAGAGUACACAGCAAGAAUCCUUAGCCUUCUGAAUAGUCUCGAUCUCUCUAGCAAUAACUUAUCCGGUGGCAUUCCACAAGAACUGACCACACUUUUCAACUUGGGCACCUUGAUCUUGUCAAGGAAUCAGUUGACAGGAAAGAUCCCAGAGAUGAUUGGAAACUUGAAAAAUUUAGAAACCCUCGAUCUUUCCCACAACAAACUUGUGGGUGAAAUCCCAGCAAGCAUGGUCUCUUUGACCUCACUAAGUCACUUGAACCUAUCGUUUAACCAGUUGUCUGGGGAAAUACCCACAUACAACCAGUUUCAGACCUUCAUUUGUGAUCCAUCCAUUUUUGCGGGUAAUCGUUGGCUUUGUGGGACUCUGCCGGCAACCAAAUAUAGUGGCAGGGGCAAGGGUAGUGGCAGUGGUGAGACACUUUCUGGUGGGGGCAAAGAGGAUGAAGACUUUGAAGGUUGGUUGGAGAAGCUAUGGUUCUACUUGAUUGUGGUACUAGGAUUCUUCACCGGAUUUUGGGGAGUCUGCGGCAGUUUGAUGAUUAAAAGACGGUGGAGACUUGCGUACUUCCAUUUUCUCGAGAAAAUGAUAGAUGAAACAACUAGAUUAAUCUUCCUAAGCGCUAAUCGUUUGAAGAGGAUGUUUAAGAAAUGAGUUAAUUGCACUUAUAUUAGAUGUACAUGAUUUGGGUUACUGCAAAGGAGGGCUUUGUAUGUUAAAAAUAUUUUUGAAGGUCAUCGAUUUCCAUUAGAUUGGCAAAGCGAAAACCAAAGAAAAAUACGAAUAGAGUAAAGAAUAAGCAAAAUAAAGACGGGUGAAAAAAGUAGUUGGAUGAAUUGAGUUUAGUUUUGUUUGGUUUUAAUUUUUUUAUUCCAAAGGUAUUUUAAUUUGGCUAGUUUAUGAGUUAAGUUCUGUAGGAAAUGUUUGAAC